AUGUCGUCUACUCCGGAGCUGUCGACCACCAAACACUUCAACAAGACUGCAGACAAGUAUGAGACAAACACUGGUGGAGCUACUCGGGAACUUGCCCAGCAUGCAAUCAACUUCAUCACGGAUCUAAAGACUCUGACGUCUGAGUCCAAGAUUCUGGACAAUGCAUGCGGCACCGGCAUCGUCACAGAUAUCAUCGUACAGUCCGGGAUCCAGCCUGAGAUUCACGCUGUUGACGUUGCAGAAAACAUGGUCAGCAUUACCAGCGAAAGGUUCUCCUCCCAACACAACGUCCACACGGCCGUCAUGGGCGGCGAGCAACUCUUCUUUCCCGACGAUACCUUCACCCAUUCCAUUACGAGUCUGGGUAUUAUGUACUUCAGCGACCCUGACAAGGGCGCCUGUGAGAUAGCGCGCACACUUCACCCUGACGGAGUGGCGGUCGUCACCGGAUGGGCGAUGAUGGGACAUAUUAAGAUCAUUCAGGAGGUCCAGGCUCAGAUCCGCCCCGACGAUACACCCUUUAAGCCGCCAGUCUCCGACAUCUGGCUUGAUCCUGAGCACACUAAAGACGUACUGUUAGGCGCUGGGCUCGAUGUGCGUAUCAACACUACAGUUGAUGUGUAUCUGGGCGACGAGACGGCAGAUGCAGUCGCUGACCUUUUGACCCACGGGUUCGGUUCUAAAGUGUUUGGGUGUUGGAGCGAAGAGGAAAAGGAAAAAGGUGCUGAGGUGAUGAAGACUAUCGUGCGGGAGCGUGCAGUUCCAUUCACGAGAUCGUCAGGCCCCGGUGUUGGUAUUAAGUCGACAGCAUCUGUCUUUGUUGCAUGUAAAGGAUCUAGCCGUGUAUCAGAUUUAUGA